AUGUGGAAUCAAGCAUACCGGAAGGAUGACGAGGAGUCGGGUCACCGGCCGUUGUAUCCGAUGAUGCUGGAGAGACCGGAACUCCGGUGGUCGUUUAUUCGGAAAGUAUAUACCAUAGUGACUUUUCAAUUGCUUCUCACAAUUGCUGCUGCAUCUGUUGUCGUUACCGUUCGUCCAGUGUCGGUUUUCUUUACCACCACUGGGGCGGGUUUGGCCGUGUAUAUUGUUCUAAUCAUCACCCCCUUUAUUGUUUUGUGCCCCCUGUAUUACUACCACCAGAAGCAUCCGGUGAAUUAUUUCUUGCUUGGAUUGUUCACCGUUUCUCUUGCUUUUGUUGUGGGCUUGACUUGUGCAUUCACCAGUGGGAAAGUUAUUCUGGAGUCAGUUAUCUUAACAGCUGCGGUGGUGGUUAGUCUCACUUUAUACACGUUUUGGGCUGCUAAGAGAGGUCACGAUUUCAAUUUUCUAGGGCCAUUUUUGUUUGGAGCUCUUGUUGUACUUGUGCUGUUCGCGCUGAUUCAGAUUCUGUUUCCCCUGGGGAGAAUAUCUGUGAUGAUUUACGGCUGUCUUGCAUCAAUAAUAUUCUGCGGUUACAUCAUUUAUGACACUGAUAAUCUGAUCAAGCGAUACACCUAUGAUGAAUACAUUUGGGCUGCAGUCGCACUGUAUCUAGAUAUCAUCAACCUCUUCCUUUCUCUGUUGACGGUUUUCAGAGCUGCCGAUAGUUAG